AUGACACAAAUUACAAGUAACUUGUCCUCGCCACUUCAAGCUCCUGGUCAACAGGCCGGGUGUACCCUCGAUGUCAUUGUGCACGCAAUCGACGCUCACGACAAAGAGCUACAGUUAAUUAACGAACAGAUACACAAAAACCCUGAACUUGCUUUUGAAGAAUUCAAGGCACAUGACAAUAUAACUACCCUGCUUGAAGACCUUGGCUUCUCGGUAACAAAGCAUGCAUACGGCCUCGCGACUGCCUUUGUCGCAGAAUAUGGAAGCGGAGGACGCGUGGUAGCCUUCAACGCCGAAUAUGACGCCCUUCCUGGAAUAGGCCACGCAUGCGGCCAUAAUCUCAUUGCAACUUCCUCGAUCGGCGCCUUUCUUGGUGUGGUCGCCGCCUUAAAAGCAUCCACGCUUCCUGGUAGAGUUCGACUGAUUGGCACACCGGCAGAGGAAGACGGCGGUGGUAAGAUCAAGCUCAUCGAGGCUGGAGCAUACGAGGACGUCGAUGCGUGUCUUAUGGUUCAUCCCGCAGCUCAUAAACGGUUCCCAGAUGGUGUCACAGGUGUUUCAUAUGUCACGUCGAAUGCAAUCGUCAAAUUUAGGGCCCGCUUCACUGGCAAACCAGCUCACGCGGCGGGAGCACCGUGGCAGGGCAUCAAUACGCUCGACGCGGUCUGUUUAUCAUACAAUGGAGUUUCAAUGUUAAGGCAACAAAUACAGCCCCACGAGAGAAUCCAUGGUGUGAUUGUCGAGGGUGGAACGAAGCCUAAUGUUAUCACGGCCAGUGGAACCGUGGACUACUUUUGUAGAAGCACGAGUUUGGAAGAAGCCGAGGCUCUGAAGGAUAGAGUUAUAAAGUGCUUUGACGGGGCUGCAAUUGCAACAGGCUGCUCGGUUGAAUAUGAAACUCGCGAGGCGUACGCGGAUCUUAGGCCAAAUAAGGCUCUUUGCGCUAACUAUGAUUCUGCAAUGGCAACCCUCGGCUUCCCAGUUGCGAGUUCUGGAGCCACGCAGCCCGGUUCAACUGACAUGGGCAACGUAACGUACGUCUGUCCUGGGUUCCAUGGCGGGUUCGCUGUUCCGGCUGAUCCAGGGGCAUUCAACCAUACCCCUAGCUUCACUAAGGCAGCUGGAACAAGCAAAGCCUAUGAACUUGCCCUAAACACUGCGAAGGGUAUGGCUGUUGUGGGGUGGAAUGUCCUAUCCGAUGAUAGCCUAGCGGAGGGUGUUAGAAAUGACUUUGAGGAGGAUAAGAAGAUGCGGGAGUCGUCUCGCCGUUAG